AUGCGCCUGGAACUCUAUUCUCGCCAUUCUCACUUUCCUGUCUGCCUUUCCACAUUCCUUCUUUCCUCUGCCUUCCCCCCUCCUCUUGCGCACUAUGCAACACUCUUCACAUUUCAUCCGCACCUCCCCACCCCCGCCUCAUCCGACGCCUUUCUUGAGAUGAUCCCUCGCCAGCUGGAGCUGGUAGCGCCAGUGGAAACUGCCACGUCAGCAUCCAACGUGCCAUGCCUGGUCAUGUUCUAUGCGAGCUGGUCCCCCCCGUGCCAUCAGCACAUGUCUCUCUUUGUUGACAUUGCCAACCAGUAUGGCCAAGGCCCCCAGAUUCACUUUGGCCGGUUGGAUGUCUCUCGAUUCCCUGACGUGGCUGAGAGAUUCUCCAUUGAUACUACCAUGUUCUCCUCUCAGCUCCCCACCCUCAUACUCUUCCACAACGGCACCGAAGUCAACCGCCUUCCACCGCUCACCACCGCCUCCAGCACCAGCAGCAACAGGUUCAUCCCCCGAGCGACGCCGUUCCUCUCCCCGUCUUCCCUGGCGCCUGGGCUCUACACACCGCCCCGGCUCACGAGAAGCAUGAUAGUGGGUGCCUUUCAGCUGGACCUGUGGCGGAUGAAGGGUGCUCUGGCAGCGUGCGUGGCAGAGAAGCAGCAGCAGAAGGGGCGGAAGGAGGGUCAGGGACAGGGGCAGCAGCAGGCGGGGAAGGAGAAUGAGCAGGAGCAAGAGGAGAAGAAAGAGCGGUAG